AGUUUUAAAAAAUAAAAUGGAAAAUGCGCAAUAAAAAUGUAAGAAUUGGUACUGUUAGUGUUUUUGUUCAUUUUUUUUUUUUUUAUUGGUAAUCUUCCAUUUUAUUUUGUGUUUUAAAAACAAUUCUAAUUCAUAUUUAACCACAACAUUGUUUUAAAAAAUUAAAUAGAAGACAAGCUAUAAAAAUGAACAAAAAUCACUACAUUAUAAGAAUAUACAAUAUAAUAGUAUAAAUGUCUGAUAGCAACAUGGUAAUUAGUGCUGAUGAGCAAUGCAUAAGGAAACCAAACAUCAAAAACUAACAGUGAUUUAUUUGCUUCUCCUUGUUAAUUAUAGUCCUUACCAAUAUAACUCUUAAGGUUUUAAGGCCAAUUCAGGCCUCUGGUUUCCCUUCAUAAUUAGAUCGUCGUAUUGCAAGGCUUGAAUUAUUUAAUGCUGGAUUGUAAAAAGUUUACCAAUUUCUCUCUGGUAAUGAAAUAUAGAUAAUGGCUUUUAAACAUGUUUCCUGUACAUUUGAUGCAACUUCAGAAGAUAGAUGUAAAAUUAGCCGAUUAAAAAAAGAUUUUGACCUCAAAUAUUCUGUGAUCAGACCGUGUGUGGAACCAGUGAGACAUCCAUUCACAUUGUGAGUUUCAUUUAUUACACAGCAAUACAAGGAAUGAACAGAUAACCUUAAACUCUCUGUUCACUUUCUCUCUUUUUAAUGCUAAACUUGAAUGACUAUUGAUUGAUAUUUAUGAAUAGUCUAAUACACUGCUGCUUUUUAAAUCAAAUUAUAGAAAGAGAAAAAACAGGGAAGAGUAUGUUAUUCAUGUAUGUCUAGUUAUUCAUUUAAAGAACCCUCAGCAUGGCAUUUUGACCACUGGUUUGAUUGCUAUAAGCUAUACUAUACAGUUGCUUUGUUUAUACUUAACCUGUUAACCUGUGCAUGCCCGCCCUGAACUGAUGUCACUUUGCUUAAAUUAGUUCACAUUUACUAUAUAGUCUAGUCAAAAAGAGUUGAUAAUGUUGACAAAUUGUACAGAUGUCUAAUUUGUCAACAUUAUGAACCAUUUUGAACAGCACACUAUAUAGUAUAUGUGAUCUCACUUAAGCAAAGUAAAGUCAAACCCAUGGGUGGGGUCAAGACUGUUGGUGUUUAUGUAUGUACUUAUAUACAAGAUAAAAACAGAGAUGCAAUAUGUAGAUUAUUUCUUCGAAAGAACAAAGUUCUAAAAUACAUUUUAAAUAACUCCCAUGCGGUUAAAUAUUUUCUGAACACCCAUAGUUUCCAUGCUACCGCUGCACUGUAUUUACGCAAAAAGACUAGUUGGAUGUAGUGUGUAGUCUAGGAAAAAAGCAUAAUAUCAAGUAGUACAGUAGGGAACUUCAGUAGAAAGUUAUACAGUAUAUGAGCUGAUGAUGUGGGUGGGUCAUAAUUACAUCAACACAGUUGAAAUAAAAAGCAACACAGGCAGGAAAUAUCUUUGUAGGUGUGGUGUAUAUUGUGCUGGAUGGAGGGGACUCGAGACAGUUUCCUGACAUUACUGGAGCACCGCAAGCUCACAAUAAGCUGCAAUGACAACUUCACAAAAGCAUCAGAUUUUCUGUGCGGAGCCAAUGGGAGACAAAUCUGUAUAUACACUUCCUGGAAUUGGCCCUGUGCUGGGUGGACGACUUGAAAAUAUUGGAAUAAGGAGAGCGAGGGACCUCCUGGGGCGUUUCCUGGUCUUUGAGAUGGAUGAGUGGAAGUUUAAGAGCUGGCUUAGAGACUCGUGUGGAGCAAAUGCCAAACAGCAGAGAGACUGUUACUACUGUCUAAAAGAAUGGACAGAUAAUAAUUUGUAAUGGGAAUACUGGUGCACUUCUUGCAUCUACUUUGUUCAUUUGGAAUAUUUAUAUUGAGCCUUCUGCAAUUCUAUUUGACAUCUUAAGUUGUGAAUAGGGGGUCUUUUAGAUGUGUGUGUCUUUAUAUUGCAUCUUGCUUUGGUUAGGAAACAAAUGUGUUUACUUCAUGUUUUAUGUCUAAUUUAUAUGUGCAGGCUAAAUGGUUAUAACUUACUACUCAUUGAAUAUUCAUGCCAUAAACAUGAUUUAAGUUAUGUUAUCAUUUGCAUCCCAUAAAAUCCCAGAUUGAUGAAGCAGGUAUUUUCUGUUGAAGUUUCAUAUCUCUUAUCAUCAGUUUCAUAUCAUGUUUCUUUAUUUGUCUUUUGGCAUCUGUUACAUAACACAUGGGGCACCUGCCCAUCGUCAAAGGGACAGUCCACUUAAAAACUGAAAAUUCUGUCAUCAUUUACUCAUCCUUAUGUUUUUCCAAACCCAGAUGAUGUUCCCUCUUCAGUGGAACACAAAAUUAGAUGUUAGGAAGAAUUUUAGCCUCAGUCACCAUUCACUUCUAUUGGAAAACAGCAGGUUUGGAAUGAGAGUGUGUAAACGAUUACAGAAUUUUAGGUUUUAGUGGACCUAUCCCUUUAAUUAAGUAACAACUUGAUGUUUUAUUUCUAAAGAAAGAUAAAUGUGCCCAGUUACAGGUCCAGUUUUACAGGUUAUGUUAAAGAUUUAGAUACCAUGCCAGGAUUUGUUAAUUUUUGGUGAAUGACAUGUGAAAUGUGAAACAAAAUUGGAUUAUUAUUAAAUUAAUCCAAUUUUU